AUGAAAUUAAUAUUAAAAAUCAUGGGAUCUUGCACAUCAGCAGCAACCAGAAAGACAGCCAAAAAAUUCGUUCUUAACGAGAGAGAAUUAGCUUGUGAGGACAAGAAAAUCUUAUCUGCAUGUAAGUUCUAACUCCCCCACCGUGAGUGAAAAAAAAAAAUUUGUUCUCUCGCUGAAGGUGUUAAUGUUUUUUUUAAAAUUAAAAAAAUUCCAAUUUGUAAAAAUUGAGAAGUAAAAUUAAUUUAAUUUACGAAAUUUGUGUUUUAAAAUGCAAGCUGUUUAAAAUUUAACGAGAUUUCAUAAUAAUAAUCAUCACAUAUAUAUAAUUAUUUUUUUUCAUAAAAAAUUUUUGUUUGCUCAUGGUGGGUGGAUUUUUACCUUAAAAAUAGAGGUUUUUCCAAUAGUUUUGUUUGCCCACGGAGGGGGAGUAAGUAGUUACCUCUCAAGAAAUGCACCUCUUAGCCUGUUUGUUUUUUGAUCUCUCUUUACGAUCUGAAGAGAGGUGCAAAAUUGACAAGUCGACCUUUUUGAAAUAUUUUUCUCCAAACGUAACAACUAGACAGGACAUGAUCGGGGAGAGACUUUUUGAGACAUUCAGUGGUAACAGAAAAGAAAAAAUUGAUUUUGAAGGAUUCUUAAAAGGAAUUUCUGAAUCCUUUAAAAUAGGGGAAGGCUUAAGGACUCGGCAAAUAUUCAAAAUUUUGGAUUCAAACCAUGAUGAUUUUCUAAUUGAAAAUGAUCUAGUUCCAAUUUUUUCGCAUUUUUUGCAGAGUUCUGAUGGGAUAGCUGAUAGUUCUGCUAUAGGGACUAAAGAGGUUGAAGACUUAGACACAGCAAAGGAAUUAAGCGAUAACGCUACAUUUGAGGAUUCGCUAGUUGAUAGAGCUAAUAUUUUGGCUGCAAAAGCAGUUACGCAUUAUGGGAGUGAAGGGCUUAUGAACUUUGAGCAGUUCAAAAAUUUUUGCAAAAAUCACCAUACUAUUGAUGAUGUCAUCUUUGGGAAAAUCAAUAGUAUUCUAACUUCGCCCCAUCCUUGAUCGAACGAUUCACUGUAAAAAUUCCUAAAAAAUUGGGGAAAUUAACCCCCAUCCUUGGUCGAACGAUUUUCAUAUCAUGCAAAAUUUUUAGAUAUAUGAAAUAUAUUAGUUAUUAAAAGCUUGGGAAGAUAUACCUAAUGAAGUUGUUGUGAGAGGCUUUGAGACGACAGGAAGCUACGGAAUCAACCAUCCGAAGUGCUUUAGUCAUCAGCCUGGGCUUAAAAACUCAAUAAUCUAAAAAAUAGAGAUUCUUUUAAAUUUAAUAAGGAACAAAUUAAAAUUUAUACAGUUUAAAGGGUAACCAAAAAAUAAAAAUAUUAAAAUUGGUAUUCUUCAAUUUUUUGCUGUAAAAAUAAUUAUUAAAAUACUCUUAAACCUCUUAUUUAAAAGUAAAUAAAAAAAAUAUAUAUAUAUAUAUUUUUAUUUAUAUAUAAAUGUUUUUUAGCCCCCAUCCUUGAUCGAACGAUGGCGAGCCGUUCGAUCAAGGAUGAGGAAGGAGUAAACUCGCUUGGAAUCACAAAAAACCCUUAUAAUCGCAUCGUAUCAGAAUCAAAGAUUGUUUCCGACCGAGAAAACACCUCAAAACUUCAUGGUCUUUUUUUUCAAAAAGACCAAAAAUCGCAUUCCUCAUCAUUUUCUCCUUGCUAUAAUGUCUUAAAAGGCAGUUUAUUAUAUUUUUUCAACAAUGAAAAAGAAACUCUUCCAAAAUCAAUUGUUUUUCUUGAAGACUGCUAUAUAGAGAGCAUGCUAAAUAGCUCUGAAAAAUAUAAAUAUGGGAUCUCCAUUUCAAACAGCAAAAAGUCCUACAAAGAAAUAGAUCUUUGGUGCAGUUCCAGCCGCCAACGCGACAAAUGGGCUGAAGAAUUAGAAAUCGCAGCAAGUACUCGAAAAAUCCAUAAUUUCUAUACAAUUCAAAACAAAAUUGGAGGCGGCAGAUUUUCAGAAGUUUUUAAAGUCAUCGAAAAAUCCACAGGACUUGAAUAUGCUGCCAAAAAAGUAGACAAAAAAAAGCUUAGUCAGCUCGACGAAAGCUUUUUAGCUAGUGAGAUCGAAAUUUUAAAGCUUUCCUCUCACCCAAAAAUCAUAAAAUAUAAAGAGACUUUUGACUCUAAAAGAUAUUCAUGGAUUAUCACAGAAUUAAUAGAAGGAGGCCAACUUCUUGACCUUAUAAAUAAAAAGAGAAAAUUCACCGACAAUGAAGCUAAAAAAGUAAUCAAGCAAUUACUAGAAAUUGUAAGCCAUUUGCAUGGGUUGAACAUUGUUCAUAGAGAUUUAAAGCCAGAAAAUAUUCUUGUAGCUGAUGAAGAGAAUUUAGAAAUAAAAUUAGCUGACUUUGGAAUAGCUACAAGAUGUGAAGAUGGGGAGAGAUUGGAGCUGGUUUGUGGGACUUUCCCGUAUAUUGCUCCAGAAGUGAUUAAUAAAGAAGGAUAUGGGAAAAAGGCUGAUUUGUGGAGUGUAGGGAUUAUUGCUUAUUUACUGCUGAAAGGGAAGCUUCCUUUUGAUAGUGAAGAUAAAGAAGAAAUUGCGAAAUGGAUAUUAAAAGAGGAUGCAAGCAUUGUGACCACUGAUAAUUUGCUAAAUGCGACACCUCAAGCUACAGAGUUUAUAAGCAAGCUGAUAGCUAAAAAUCCAGCACAAAGGAUGGAUGCUGAAGCAUUGCACCACAGUUGGUUACAAAGUGUUUUAUGUUAA